CUUCCCCAAACCUUCACCUGUCGCCGAAAAAGUUCCAUUUGCCGGAUUUUCUGGGCGGAAUUGGCUGAGUAGCCACAGUUUCAUCAUAAUUGAGGGAGAAAGAAGAAUUGUUUAGUUACAGAAGCUAAGUUAUGGAUUGUGCUGCGAGGACUCACAGUGUUGUGUCCACUGCCACAAUGACCAGUGCCCUUUUUUCGAAAAACUCUGCACAUUCCAGAGUUUUCACUGUUAAAUGCUCUUCGAAGAAUGUCUCGUUGGAUGGUGCAUCUUCUGGUCUGGUUGAAAGACCUUGGAAGCUAGCAGAUGCUAGACUUGUUCUUGAGGAUGGUUCAAUUUGGAAGGCAAAAUCAUUUGGUGCUCGUGGAACCCAAGUUGGAGAAGUGGUUUUUAAUACCUCUUUAACUGGGUACCAGGAGAUAAUUACAGAUCCUAGUUAUGCGGGCCAGUUUGUCUUAAUGACUAACCCUCACAUCGGGAAUACUGGGAUCAAUUUUGACGAUGAAGAAUCGAUGCAGUGCUUUCUUGCAGGAUUAGUCAUUAGAAGUUUAAGUAUCAGCACCUCAAAUUGGAGAUGCACAGAGACACUUGGUGACUAUUUGGCUGAAAGGAACAUCAUGGGUAUAUAUGAUGUUGACACACGAGCAAUUACACGAAGAUUAAGAGAAGACGGAAGCCUCAUAGGAGUCUUGAGCACAGAAAAUUCAAAAAGUGACGAAGAACUUCUUGAAAUGUCCCGUACAUGGGACAUUGUGGGUGUGGAUCUAAUCAGUGGCGUUUCAUGCAAAUCUCCUUACCAAUGGAUUGAUAGAACACGCUCAGAUUGGGAGUUCAAUGAUAAUGGAAGAAAUAAUGAAACUUUCAAUGUUGUUGCAUAUGAUUUUGGAAUCAAGCAUAAUAUACUUCGGCGCUUAGCAUCCUAUGGCUGUAAAAUCACUGUUGUUCCUUCAACAUGGCCAGCAUCUGAAACCCUAAAGAUGAAACCUGAUGGGGUUCUUUUCAGCAAUGGGCCAGGAGAUCCCUCUGCAGUUCCUUAUGCAGUUGAAGCGGUAAAAGAACUUGUUGGAAAAGUUCCUGUUUUUGGUAUAUGUAUGGGUCACCAGUUGCUUGGUCAAGCAUUGGGGGGUAAGACAUUCAAAAUGAAAUUCGGUCACCACGGAGGAAACCAUCCAGUUCGAAACCUUCGAAAUGGAUGUGUUGAGAUCAGUGCACAGAAUCACAACUACGCUGUUGACCCUGAGUCUCUCCCAGAUGGUGUAGAGGUGACUCAUGUAAAUUUGAAUGAUGGAAGUUGUGCUGGUCUUGCCUCCUCUAAAAUGAAGCUGAUGUCACUUCAAUACCACCCCGAAGCAUCUCCAGGGCCUCAUGAUUCAGAUCCUGUAUUUGGAGAAUUCAUACAACUUAUGAAGCAAGAAAAAGUGAAGGCAUAAGACCAUUUCCCAGAGGCUGAAGAUGAAAUAUGUUUGAAGGAACCACAUUCCGAAAAGGAGAAUGUCAAUGAGAUUUGCUACAUCUGUUGUGUUUCACCUCUUCUUGCCUUAAAUCAAGUCAGCGGUUUCUGUCAUGCUGCACAUCUUCUUUGCAAUUACAGUGAUGGAUAUAUAUAUAUUUUCUAGUCUAAAGACAUACUUGGUUUGUGUAAUGGUACUCUAUGUCUAUCUGUGGUCUAGUACUUGUAAUAAUACACUUUGUUUCUGUCUUAAGCAAAUAUCAUGUUGCUUUCUGCUUAA